AUGGUCGCCAUUGAAGAAUUUCAACAAUACCAAAGGCGUAUUGUCUGGAAAUUACAGGUAUACCUACAUUACCCAACGACAAGUCGAAAAAUAUUGUUAUGGAACUUGGAGCAACCUUAGGCGUUUUACUGAACGAAAAUGACAUAUCUACGGCGCAUAGACUUCCCCCCCACGAGAAAAAUUCAAGACCGUAUUAUUGUCAAGUUCGUACGCCGCGACAUACGAGAAGAAAUUUAUAAGAAGAGGAAAGUUUUAAAUAGAAAACUGACAGAUUGCCUGCCCUCAGUAAACGCAGAAAUAGGGAAGAGUAUCUCUCAACCCACAAAAAUAUUCAUUAUUGAAUCUUUGACGGCUUACAGAAAGCGUCUCUUUGGAAAAAUCCACGAUUAUCGUAGACAGCAUAACUAUAAAUUUAUAUGGACUGCAAACGGGAAAAUUCUCCUUCGCCAAACAGGAUCGUCGCCAGUUAACAGCUUUACAACAGAAGAAGAGUUUCAGAGGUUUACUUCCAAGGACUAAACAGUAAUUCGUGAUUAUUUUUAGACACAAACUGUUUAUGAAGCGAUGGAUGAACAAGAGUGUGAGUUACCUAUCAGAUACUGAAUUUAAUGCUCUCACUGCAUGGUAAUUGGCACGUUGUCUUUAGCAGUGAUUCUGAUAUAUAAUGUCCUACAAAAUCCAGACAAAUUUAAUGAAAAUGAUUCAGACCUUAUGUUAAAUACCCCUAAUUCAAAUUAUUCCUCUAUGACUUAACUUAACCAGCAUUUAAAUAAAAAAUAACAAAAAUAAAAAAUAACAACCCGCACACCCGAUUACCUAUAUAUAUACAUGAACUUACGGUUACAGCUCAACAGCUGGCCUCUGUAGCUCAGUUGGUUAGAGCGCUGCACCGGAAUCGCAGAGCCGUAGAUUCAAUUCUUACCAGAGGACCUUGUGCUGCAUUUUUCGCAGUCGUUCCUGGUUAGGUCUUAAAAUGUGUAUAUUCUCACUUGGAUUACAAUCCCUAACAUUCUAAUAUUAAUUCCACCAAGUGAAGUGCAAGAAUCCAUCAUUGAAGUCUACCUUAUCACAACCCGCACACACGAUUACCUAUAUAUACAUGAACUUACGGUUACAGCUCAACAGCUGGCCUCUGUAGCUCAGUCGGUUAGAGCGCUGCACCGGAAUCGCAGAGCCGUAGGUUCAAAUCCUACCAGAGGACCUUGUGCUGCAUUUUUCGCAGUCAUUCCUGGUUAGGUCUUAAAAUGUAUAUAUUCUCACUUGGAUUACAAACCCUAACAUUCUAAUAUUAAUUCCACCAAGUGAAUGGCAAGAAUCCAUCAUUGAAGUCUACCUUAUCACAACCCGCACACCCGAUGACCUAUAUAUACAUGAACUUACGGUUACAGCUCAACAGCUGUCCUCUGUAGCUCAGUUGGUUGGAGCGCUGCACCGGAAUCGCAGGGAUGCAGGUUCAAUUCCUACCAGAGGACCUUGUGCUGCAUUUUUCGCAGUCGUUCCUGGUUAGGUCUUAAAAUGUAUAUAUUCUCACUUGGACUACAAACCCUAACAUUCUAAUAUUUUAGAAAUAACUGAGAACCUGAAAACUUCCAUUGAUAAUAAUCUUAUCGAAAUAUUACUCACUCACUAUCUUGUUUGACUCAUAUUUUGGGUUGCAAGAUGCUUAUCUUCGGAUUAUGUUUUGUAUUAUAAUAAUCUUAUUACAUGCAAUUUCAUUGACUUUUCUAAAGCUUUCGAUACGGUCAACCAUGAAAUAUUAUUAGCUAAAUUAUUUAAAUAUGGAAUACGUGAUCAUUCACUUGAAUGGUUUAACAGUUACUUAAUUAACAAAUAGACUUCAAUUUGUACAAAUAGAUAACGUACAAUCUAGCACUUUAACAAUGACAUGUGGUGUUCCUCAAGGAUCUACAUUGGGGCCUUUAUUAUUUUUAAUUUAUAUUAAUGAUAUAGUUAAUUGUUCGUCAAUACUUUCUUUUCGUCUAUUUGCUGAUGAUACGAACAUAUUUUAUGUAAAUAAAGACCCCACUGAACUUGAAAUAGUAAUCAAUCGUGAGCUAAAAAACUUCUAUGACUACUGUGCUCUCUACUAAUUAUCUAUUAAUAUGAACAAGACCAAUUUUAAGGUGAUAACUUCAAGUAACAAAAAGCACAUUAAUAUCAACUUUCCUAAUAUCGAGCACAAAAACUGUAUUAAGUAUCUUGGUAUAUAUCUCGAUGAACAUCUCAAUUGGAAAAGGCAAAUUGCUCAUGUUAAUAGUAAAUUAGCCAAAAAUAUUGGCAUUUUUUAUAAAUUACGUCAUUUAUCUAACAUUUACAUAUUAAGGCAACUUUACUUUAACCUUAUUUACCCUUAUUUAACUUAUGGGGUUAUGAGCUGGGGUAGCGCGUAUACAACCAAUUUAACCAAGAUUCGUACUAAACAAAAUAAAUGUAUACGUAAUAUUUUCUUCGCAAAUCAUAUGGAGUCAGCAACUACUUACUAUAAAUUUCUUGGAAUACUCAAUUUUGACAAUAUUAUGAAAUUUAAAAUUGCUACAUUUGCAAAAAAACUGUCAAGUGAUUCAUCGAAAUUUCCAUACAUAUUUCAUGAUUACCUUAUACCAAUAUCUUAUAUUCACAUCUAUAAUACUAAACUGUCUGCCAGUGGCAAUUUCUAUCGGCCAAAAGUAAGAACUAAUUAUGGUCAAUCCACCAUCAAAUUUAUUAUCUCGAAGCUGUGGAAUUGUAUUCCACCUUACUUAAAACAUUUAAAUAUUGAAGCCUUUGAAAUACAGUACAAACAGUCCCUCCUAUCGUGCCUGAUAUAGUCUUAACCUACUUGUCAAAUUAUGAAUUAGAAGCUAAAUAUUGAUAUGUUUACUUUGCCAUAACGAUCUUCUACAUUCUAUUAUAUUCCAUGUAAAAUUAUUAACAUGCAGUAGCCAACUCGAAAGCUCACGCUACUUUGGCUACUGCGCACAUCCAAUCUAGGUUUAUGAUAACAUCGAUAUCAUUAUGUAAUAAUUCUUAAGUUCUAUAAUUUCAACAGAUAACAUGUAAAUACUAAAAUAUUAUGUGCAUAAUAAAUCUUUCUUUCUUUCUUUCAUUGCAGCAACGACUAAAUUGCACGGUAAAAUAUUUACAUAUUUGAAUAACAGCAAAACUGAUAUAACCGAUAAUCGUGGCUGCUAUCUCCCUGCAUGGGCGCCCGAGCGAAUUUAAAGUGGGGAAACAUUCUCCUUAUUUUUAGCUCUCCGAAGUAUUUAUGCACUUCACUUGAAUACAAUAUGCAUGCUAAUCUGUGGCAUUUUAUUCUCCUGCUGUGUUCUGAACAAUGCCAAUAUAGUAGUACCCUACUAGUCAUUUUAAAUGUUUUUUGCAAUCAUAAAAGAAUGGUGUGUAUUUUACUGGCAUAAGUACUUUGAAUUUUUCAAAUAACGGAGAAAUCGUGUUGGGCGACACAUUUUUGCAAUUAUAGAUUUUUUUAUCUUUUGUAUAUUGGAAUAUUUUUAUGAUAUAAACACAGUCAGGAAAAUUUGAAUGUAGGUCUUCGGAAGGACAAAACAAAUAUACAGGGUGUAUAAAAAAAAACUGAACAGAUUUGAAAUUGCUGUCAAUUUCGCAAAACACCUAUUUGUAUCUGUUUUUUUUACAUAUAUAGCUUCUUUGGGUACUUAUAAUGUAAAAUAAUGAAAAAAAUUUCUCGAACCCAAAUUUUGUGAACCAGGGGGGGUGUCUUUUCCAACAAAAUAAAAAUGGCUCGCGCACAAAAUUUAAAAGCUGUAAUCAUAGUUUGAGUUGAUAGAUUGAAAAUUUGUCGGGUUUUUAAUUACUGUACAAAAUUUCAGACAAUUUGGUUUAGUUUAAGCCCUUUAACUAUUCAUUUUGUUCUAAAAAGUCAGCCUUUCGCAUGCUUAAUUAAUGCCUUUACCUAAUUUGCAUAUUGCUGACAUAUGCAAAUUAAGCAAAUGCAUUAAUUAAGCAUGCAAAUAGCUGAUUUUUCGGGAAAAUUGUAACUUUGCGUGAAUAGUUAAGGGGCUUAAACUAAACCAAAUUGUCUGAAAUUUUGUACAGUAAUUAAAAUCCCGACAAAUUGUCCAUCUAUUAACUCAAAAUAUGAUUGCAGCUUUUAAAUUUUGUGCGCCAGCCAUUUUUAGUUUCUUCGAAAAGACACCCCCCCCCCCCCGAUUCAAAAAUCUACAUUAUAAGUACCAAAGAGGCUAUAUAUAUAAAAAACGGAUACAAAUAGCUGUUUUGCGAAAUUGAGAGCAAUUUUAAAUCUGUUCAGUUUUUUUUAUACACCCUGUAUAAAGCGCACUGUUUCUAAAAAAGAUGAUCUUUCUAUUCUGCAUAAGCAGAUAUAGUGGGAACCUUGAAAUAUCAAAGGGUGCUUACCUUUUUCAUCUAGUACAAAAUAUAAGUUUUUUUUAAACUUUCUUGUUGGAAUUGUGGCUUUCACAUCUUGAUAUAGUUCAGUUGUUGGAGAGAUUUUUAGGGCUUUUGAGCUGCUGUUUUACUUUAGAUAAAUGGACCUAUUCCCUAAUGAACGAAAUUUUGAUAUAGACAAGUUUAGACAGAAAUUCCAUGACAGCUUGAAAGAGCAUCACAAAAUUAGUAGUAUUCCGAAGUUUCGUUGCAAAAUGUUGUAAAAUGCGGAUAAUUUAGCCCUGCGAAAUUUGCCGUUUUUCAGUCAUUUUGUAUUACACACGAGAAAGCGGUAUCAAUUUCCCGUGCGUAAUACAAAAUGACUGAAAAACGGCAAACUUCGCAGGGCUAUUAUCCGCAUUUUACCAUAUUUCGCAACAAAACUUCAGAAUACUACUAAUUUUAUGAUGCUCUUUCAAGCUGUCAUGAAAUGUUUGUCUAGACUAGUCUAGGUCAAAAUUUUGUUUAUUAGGGAAUAGGUCCAUUGGCAACUGUCGGGAUGAUGUUUAGGUGGAAUGAUGAUGCGUUCUGUCUGCGUGAUUAAAUUAUGAAACGCAGCAUCAAACUCUUCUUAUUUGUGCAUCAUUUACAUUUACAGCAAUCGUUGAUCUACAAAUAAAACUGAAUGGUUCAGGUAACAAUAUCAGUGGACGAGUGGAGAUCUUCAAUCCAAACUUCGGUUGGGGUACAGUCUGUGAUGAUUACUGGGAUAUUACCGACAGUAAUGUUGUCUGCCGUCAGCUUGGUUUCACUGGAGCGAAGACGGAAAGAAAACAAGCUUAUUAUGGUGAAGGAAGUGGUCAUAUCUUGCUUGAUGAUGUUGGAUGCAAUGGUAAUGAAUCAUACAUUUGGGAUUGCCCUCAUCGUGGAUGGAAUAAAACCAACUGUAGACAUUCGGAAGAUGCAGGUGUGGAUUGUUUGUGCAAGAAAGGUUACACUUUUGAUGGAGCGAGAUGUGUUGGUAUGUAUUAUCCUCCUAUGUACCUAGCAUUUAAAAAACAUAGGCAAAUGUAUGUCUAUCACCGCACGAAUGUCAUAAUUAAUAUUAUUUAUUUCAUCAUGAUUUCAUUAAUUUCUGGUGAAUCAGACGUUCCCGUUUCACAAGAUGUUCACUUCAUGACGUUUGGAAAAUACUUUAUUUCUAAUACACAUCAUUUCCAAUAUUGGAACUAA